UUCCGGGGUUGUACAAGCAGUGUACACAUUGUAAAAAAAAAGAGCACUGUGUACCCCUUUUCCCUGCUUGUAUACGGUUAUAUAACAAACGAUAAUUCUAGGAAUACGUGUUUAUAGAGGAGAACGGGAUCAUUGGUGUAAGGGACCCACAGGACAUCAGGAAGGAUGAACUUCUUCAGAGGAGUGAUGGGUGGGCAGGCACCCGGGCCGCAACCGUCGGGAGCCGAGACGAUUCAAAAACUAUGUGACCGGGUGGCCUCCUCCACAUUGUUGGAUGACCGCAGGGAUGCCGUCAGAGCCCUGAAGUCCCUGUCUAAGAAAUACCGCAUGGAAGUUGGAACACAAGCAAUGUACCAUUUGAUCAAUAUUCUACAAACUGACAGAUCUGAUUCUGAAAUUGUUGGCUACGCUUUGGACACUUUGUACAACCUAAUCUGCAACGAUGAGGAGGAAGAGCAAGAUGAAUCAGAAGACGCAGUAACCCCUAAGCCUAAGCAAAAGACUGUACCCUUGCCUGAUGAAAAUGCGCAGAAGCAGGCUGAUGACUUGAGUGCUCAGUUCACAGAGAAAUUCAUUGAGGAUCCUGAGCAUGUUACCCUGCUUCUCACUUUGUUAGAGGAGUUUGAUUUCCAUGUCCGCUGGCCAGGAGUCAAGCUGUUAACGGCUCUACUAAAGAACCAGGGUCCUCAGGUGCAGGGUGUCAUUCUCGUUAGUCCCAUGGGUGUCUCCAGACUGAUGGAUUUACUGGCUGACUCUAGAGAAAUAAUAAGAAAUGAUGGUCUUCUGCUUCUUCAACAACUGACUAAGAGCAAUGCUGCCAUACAGAAAAUUGUUGCCUUUGAAAAUGCCUUUGAGCGCCUUUUAGACAUCAUCACUGACGAGGGAAGCAGUGAUGGAGGAAUUGUGGUUGAGGACUGUCUUCUGCUCCUGUUGAACCUGCUCAAAAACAAUAGCUCCAACCAGAACUUCUUUAAGGAGGGCUCAUACAUCCAGAGAAUGAAGCCCUGGUUUGAGGUUGGCGAUGAUAACGCCGGUUGGUCUGCACAGAAAGUAACUAAUCUACACCUUAUGCUGCAGCUUGUACGAGUUUUGGUGUCUCCAGUGAACUCUCCUGGAGCUACGGCGAGCUGUCAGAAAGCUAUGUUCACGUGCGGUUUACUGCAGCAGCUGUGCACCAUCCUCAUGGCCACUGGGGUACCUGCUGACAUCCUCACGGAGACCAUUAACACCGUGUCAGAAGUUAUAAGAGGCUCACAAGACAACCAGGACUACUUUGCCUCUGUUAACGCACCCUCAAACCCACCAAGACCAGCCAUUGUGGUAUUGCUCAUGUCUAUGGUCAAUGAGCGGCAACCAUUUGUGCUUCGCUGUGCUGUCCUCUACUGUUUCCAGUGUUUCUUAUACAAAAACCAAAAAGGUCAGGGAGAGAUCGUAGCAACCCUCCUUCCAUCCACUAUUGACGCUAACUCCAUCUCGGCCGGCCAGCUGCUGUGUGGAGGCCUGUUCUCCGCUGACUCUCUGUCUAACUGGUGUGCGGCUGUGGCUCUGGCUCACGCGCUGCAGGAGAACCUCUCACAAAAGGAGCAGCUGCUGAGGGUCCAACUGGCCACGAGCCUGGGCAAGCCCCCUGUGUCCCUGCUGCAACAGUGCACCAACAUCCUGUCCCAGGGUGAUAAGAUCGCCAGACGGGGCAGUAAAGUGCAGACCAGAGUGGGGCUCCUCAUGCUGCUUUGUACCUGGAUCAGCAACUGUCCCAUCGCCGUCACACACUUUCUACACAACCAGGAAAACGUUCCAUUUUUGACAGCACAAAUCUCAGAGAACCUGGGAGAGGAUGAACGGCUCGUGCAGGGUUUGUGCGCCCUGCUUCUGGGUAUCUGCAUCUACUACAAUGACAACUCACUAGAGAACUACACAAAGGAGAAGCUAAAGCAGCUGAUAGAGAAGCGAAUUGGAAAAGAGAACUUUGUAGAGAAACUGGGUUUUAUCACAAAACAUGAGCUCUAUUCCCGAGCGGGGCAGAAACCCCAGCCCGUGUUCCCCUCUCCAGAGCAAAUGCUGUUCGACCAUGAGUUCACCAAACUAGUCAAAGAUCUGGAGGGGAUGAUAACUAAGGCCGUUCACAAAUCCAGUGAAGAAGAGAAGAAGGAAGAGGAAGUUAAGAAAACGUUAGAACAACAUGACAACAUUGUAACCCAAUACAAAGAACUCAUCAGGGAGCAGGAUGCAGAGAUCCAGAAACUGAAAGAACAAGUAGCCUCGGUGUCGACACAGAACGAACAGCUACAGACUAUGAUCACACAACAGCUCUCCCAGAUCCAGCAGCAUAAGGACCAGUAUAACAUCCUUAAACUCAAAUUAGGUAAGGACAAUCAAAGCCAGUCCAACAGCCAGGGGGACAUAUCGCAGGUGAACGGGGUGCAGACAGAGGAGCUGACACAGCUACGAGACGAGGUGGAGGAGCUUCGCAAACAGAACACACUCCUACAGACGCAACUCGGUGACAAGGAUUCACUCAUCAACACACUGAGAUCAGAAGCAACGCUAUCAACAGAGUCACCAGAUGCUCCAUCUGACAACACAGAGCUACUUAAGGAGCUCGAGGCUUUGAGGAGUCAGGUUCAAGCUCAGUCAACAGAAAUCAGCCAACUACAGACAGAGAGACAAGAACUGCUGAGAAGAGCUGAAGCCACAACGGCAUCAGACACAGUUCAAAGCAGUGAUGGCUCAGAUGACAGUGCCAAAGUGACAGAGCUGGAGAACAGACUUGCUGCACAGACGUCAGAGACGGAGAGACUAAAGGGGGAGCUCAAGAGCUUGUCGGAGAGCCGGGCAAACUUGGAGCUGGAGCUCGCCUCAGCCACCAGCUCUGUGGCCAUCCUGCAGACGGAGAACUCCAAACUCCAGACGGACGUGCAGGAGUCCAAGAAGGAGCAGGACGACCUCCUCAUGCUGCUGGCCGACCAAGACCAGAAGAUACACAACCUCCGACAGAGACUCAAAGAGCUGGGAGAAACGGUUGAGGAUGAAGAUGACCUGGAUGCUCGGGACCAAACAGAUGACGAUGAGGAAGAAGAUGAUGAUGAUGAAGAAGACUAGAGCAGCACUGACGAGAUGACACUACAGUCUGAUUCUACAAUUCGUGUUUGACUGAAAAGACACAUCUAUUGAAAAACUGGAAAACAGGACUCUCCUCUGCUGAUCUUUUAUUUUGGUUCACAUGUUCACUAUGGCUGUUCAGUUGAUUCCUCUCAUUAUAUUUUAGAUCGUUAUAGGAUUGUUAAGGGUGAUGUCACUUCCGGGUCCAGGGACCGUUGAGUGACUGAUAAUACUGGAAAAGUUUAUAAUUCAGUCGCUUCUUUUUGAUGAUGACACAUUGCACGUUAAAACUAACAAAGUGUGACAAAAUGUACGAGGUUGAGGUAGGAAGUGAAGUUAGUUAGAGAUGCACACUGUAAUCUAAUGUAAUAUGUAUUUGUGAGAUUUUUUACAUAUCUGAUACAGUUUGUGGUUGAUUAAUGAGUGAGAAACAUAGCACUGUAACAUAGUGUAAAAAAAAAUAAAGCAACAAAUCGGAUGUGAAGUUGUCAAUUGGACCCGGAAGUAACAACCCUUUACAUUUUCAUAUAAUGUUCAUUGUCAUUUUGUUGAUUUACAAAAAGAAAGCCAGCAGCAAGGCAUGACGCCACCUGGAUAAUAUGUAGUGUUAUAAAAUGUAGCAAAAACUAAUUCAAAAUUUAAUAUAUAUUACAUUUGGCAAUCCCAGAAAUCUAUUUUGCCAUGCCAUGCUGCUUCUACUCAAACGUUCUCAACAUCGCACCUUUUAUGUACUUAUCUUCUCUUAGUCUUUGCGUGCACCUCCACCUCAUUUAUGUUGGCAUGUUAGUACUCCAUACUUCCAUUUCUGAACAGCUCUAAAAUGCUGCAAAAUAGUCAAAAGAUGUAAAGAUAUUUUUGCAACUUUUGUCCAGUUCUAGCAUCCUGCUUCUGUAUAUUGUGUAACUUAUCAAUUUAUGAGCCACUCAAAAAGGUAAAUGAUUCUGUACACCUGUAUGGAAGUAUAAUUGUAGAUAUUAAAUUUUACUAAAUCUG